GAAUGGCGAUGACUUGCAAAAUUUUAGGCCUUUCUUUCUUUCAUGCCUCCCCAUCCAUAGUACUCGACUCGACAACUCCACCAUUUUAACUUUGGCUUGUACAGUUGUACAAUUCCAUUCUAAAAUCCUAACCAUAUCCUGUCACCAAAUGCUGGCUGACUCUUUUAAAAUUGGUUAAUUUAUCAGAUAACGGGACACUUUUUAAUUAGUUGGAGUGUGUUGGUUGAGUCCAUUCAAAAUAAGGGAAUUUUUCAAUUACAUUCAUGUCAUACAGUGACCACUUAGGAUUGGGAAGAGUUAGAGAUUCACGACAAAUGCAAAGGGAUCGUAUAAACAUGCAACAAGGCAUGCUUAGCCCCCUUGGGCCCCCGAUUCCUGGCAUGGAAUUCUUGAACGAUGACGAACUGGUCAGUAUAUCGGUACGAGAUCUGAAUCGGACUUUGAAAAUGAGGGGAUUGUCGAGAGACGAAAUCAUUAGAAUGAAGCAGAGACGAAGAACGUUGAAAAAUCGAGGAUAUGCUGCAAGUUGUCGAGUCAAAAGAAUUGAACAACGCGACGUUCUUGACACUGACAAAAAUCUCGAGUCAGGGGACAUAGAAGCCAUCAAAUCGGACAAUCAAGCCAUUAGAAAUGAUAUCAAUGAGUUGCAGUCCAAAUUGGAGGCACUGAGGAAAUUCGCCGCUCAAAAGAAGAUCCCACUUCCGUUUGACUUUUAGUUUGAUAAAAUGUUUCGAUUAUAUUAGUCUUAUAUUUAUUAUACAGGCAUUUAUUGUACGUAUAAAAUGUGAUAGUAGAUAAUUGUCUUUAUGUAUCAGUUUUUGCCAACAACUGUCGUACAAACUCUCUUGAUAUCCCAUCUGCAAAUCGUAGUGGCUCUGGAACUCGAUAUUUGCAGCAAGCCAGCACGGUUUUUCUCGAACUUUCUAAACAGAUUUUAUGUCCGAUUGAAACAUAAAUUGGAUUUUUUGCCUCUUCUGCCGAUUUCAAAGCCUACAAACAUAUACGAUUCUUACCGUAAUUACUUAUAGUUAUAACGUUGUGAAAUAAAAUGUGUUUAUAAAAUUGAACUCACUAA